AUGACUGAUUGUGCUUUUGGUAUAGCCGGUAAAGAUUGGGUUAUUAUUGCUGCGGAUUCCCAUGUCGAACAAUCUAUCGUUAAGUUUAAGACUACUGAGGAUAAGAUAUAUGAGAUGGAUAAUAAUAAGUUAGUAGCAGCUGCUGGACCACAGGCUGAUAGUAAUCAGUUUUUGGAGUUCAUAUCUCGUAAUGUGGAACUAUAUGCAUUAGUUAAUGGUGUACAAUUAACUACUCAUGCAUUGGCUAGUUUUACUAGGAAUGAACUAGCUGAUGCAUUAAGGAAAGGUCCUUAUCAAGUUAAUAUGUUAAUUGGUGGAUAUGAUGAUAAAGAUGGAAGUGCAUCCCUAUAUUAUAUGGAUUAUCUAGCAUCUUGUCAGAAGAUAACACGUGGUGCACAUGGUUAUGCGGCAUAUUUCGUAUUAGGCUUAUUGGAUAAACUCUACAAGAAGGAUAUGACCCAAGAAGAUGGUCUUGAUGCCAUAAAGCAGUGUAUUAAGGAAUGUAAAAAGAGAUUUAUCAUCGACAAGAGCAACUUUAUCAUUAAAGCUGUGGAUAAGGAUGGUAUUCAUAAUAUUAUAACCUCUUCCUCGGAGUAA